AUGACUUCUCAGGACUCCACCAAGCUGAUCCUGACGGUUCCGCUGGUGUACAACGUCUUUGUCAAGCCAGCCUCAGUGGUCUUCGAACCUCCGAGCUCCAGGCUCCAUUGGCGGCCCGUUUUCAGUGAAUUGCAGCAAAACAAUCCUUUCUUCGUGUCAUUAUACGAAUCCUCAAAAGACUGUGCGGUUAUCGACAAUUUGCCCCAGUUGAGAAGCGCAGUUGACAGGGUCAACACUCGCUACAUAGACCAGGGAAUAGUCUCUAUUGUUAACGAGUACCGGUGCAAGGAUGAGGUUUUGUCGCUCUCAAUUAUCGGAAAGUCGGCUCACCAGGCUGAGAUGAACUCUGCUCGGUUGGAAUUGUUUCAGAGCUACACCCGCAUUGCGAAAAGACGGAUCUCCAUAGCUGCCGAUAGACAUCCUUUUCUCUUCGAACACGGUGGGAUUUCUCAAUCGUUUUGUGACUCGCUUGCCCAGAUUGCGGAUUUUUGCAAUGUUUGCCUCUACGUGACUGCUGAUGUUCCAGGAAAGCUCCGGAUUAAUGUUAUUGCUGAACAGAAUGCUGCCACUAUGGCUGAGAACAGAAUCAGAUUGGCCAUAGAUGCAUGUAACCCUCAGGCAUUUGUCGACUUCGUGGACAUUGGCCAUGUCUCGCUGCUUCCACUCAUUGGAGGGACCCAUUACUUCAAUUUUAAAAACAUCGUCAAACGCACUGCAUGUCAUUUGUGUUUGCCCCAUGCGACCCCAGAUUUGUUUGCCAAUGCCAGAAAGGAAGCAGCGACCAGAAUUUAUAUCUCUGGUAUUGAGCCUCAAGUUGUCAUUGCAAAGCACAUGCUGAACGGACUAUUGGCUGCAGUCACCAAAUCGCCUUUCGUGAAGUCGGUUCUGGUGAUGCCUAUCAAGAGAGAGCUUCUGUUGAGUAUGCGCACUGACUCUUGGCUGCAAGAUAUCAUGUUUGAGACCGGUUGUUUCGUCCAAGUAUCACCAUACGGUUCAGCUGCUGACAUGUCCUGCAAUGGCCAGGACGUUGUACGUUUCCAAGGUAACUCCACCGAGUUGGUAGAGUCUGCCAUAGAGAAGUUCAUGCUGUCAAUGACGAAGGUGUACACUGCUCGCUACACCUUGAAGAGCAGACCCACCAACAUAUUGGAUGUCCAGUCUAUUGAUGCCUCAACUUCACAAUUGUUUCAAUUCACAGAUCUAGUAUCUUCUCUGACUGGGACGAUCUUCAGUGUUGCCUACCAACGCCAACAGGACGGCACCUACUGUCACACGUUCGAUAUCGUUGGUGAGAGUGCAGGAGUCCUCAAAGGUGUAAAGAACCUCGAAAGUCUUGCCAAUGUGAUUCCUCAUAUUUCCUUAGAGGAGGAGAUCGUGUACCAGCUUGAACUGCCCAAUAAGGAGCGCGAGUUCAUCGGUGGAAAGAAGAAUGGAAAGAUCCUCAAGAUCAUGAACUCCGUUCCGGUUUCGGUCAAAAUCGUUCCUUUCACUGAUUACGACUUCUUCGUCGAGAUCGCUUCCAAAACGCUCAAAGACUCAAUUGCAGGUCUCCAACUGUUUGAAGAGGAACUUCCUUGCUUCGACACCUUCAACAUACCAGAGAGUUUCCACAGGCAGAUCAUCGGUGCUGGCGGAGCAACCAUCCAGACGAUUAUGCGCAGACACAAUGUGUUCAUCAAGUUCUUCAACAGCUACGAGUUCUCAGACACUGUUGAGUUCAAGAACAGGUCCAACGUUCCCCAGUCAUUGAUCCGCAAGAACAACGUUGUGAUCAAAUGUCCGGCCAAAAACAGUGCCGAGAUUCCUCUUGCAAAGGCCGAGCUGGAGAAGCUGGUCGAGAGGGUUGCAGAAACAUGCCAUUCAAAGGCUUUUGUCAAGCUCUCGCGCUCCGAGUGGAGAUUCCUCACUACUCUUGGUCCUUCCACCGAAAGACAAAACUUUGUGAGUGAACUAGAGAAGAAGCACACUGCGUGCAUUCGCUUUCCUAUGGAAGAACCCACCAGUUAUGCUGAUCUCGAGAUCACCGGCCCCGACUCAUGUGCGAUCAACUGUGCUCUUCAAUUGCAAUCGCUGCUUCCUCACGAAUACGAGUUCAAGCUCGCUCCUCACAGAGAUAUCGGUAUUUUGAGUGAAGUUGAUGCCAAUGCAAAAUGUCUGUUAGACUCGGACCAGAGCGCAUCCCAUAAGAUUGCUCACGACUAUCUUCACCAGAUCGUCACUCCGCUCAAGCUAUGCUAUGGAGCUGAGGUUCAGGUUCUCAAGGACCCCAAGGUUGCUGAGUUCGGCCUCGGCUCAAAAUCAACCGAGUUUGGCGAUAAUGUCGUGAAUAUCGCAGCUCCUGGCCAAUUGAGACGUUCUAGUGCCGCAGCCAAUGGUGAGCCCGAGUAUUCGUCGUUGGUUAUCUCAUUCAUUCCGUCAAAAAUAUCGCCAAACUGGGUGGAGGGCUCUGAUAUCACCUCUACGGCGGGAUUCGGAGAUCUUUCAGGUGCAAUCACCAAUUUCUUGCGCAUGCACAAGUUCAUGAUCAUCGAUAAGGGUCUCAAGGACCGUAAAGCGCAGAUUGCGCAGUUGAUAAGAAAGCCAGUUGACCAGCAGAAGGAGAGGUUUAAUGUUCGCAAUAAGGAGAAUCUCUAUGACCACGGCUUUGGAGAUAACGGCUUCAAGCCAAAGGUUCAACAAACGUUUGACUUCAAGCAGAACCAUUACUUCCAGAACCCGAUUCAAAUGCCAAUCACGCAUCAACACCAGCAGCAACAGCAACCACAGCAACCACAGCAGCCACAGCAGAGCUUCCAGCAUUUUGCGCAGCAGCCUCACCAUUCUCAGCAGCUGCAGAUGCCUCAUCAACCUCAAAUGUUCCAGUUUGACCACAUGAAGUUUCAGUCCAAUCGGAUCAACUGA